GAUUCACGCAAAUAGUUGCGCUCUUUGGCUUUUGAAGAUUUCGCUUUCGUUUCUAAUAUCGACGGAUUAUGAUUUUUCAAAAAACGGUUCGUGCAAAAAUGCUGUUUGUAAGCUUGAUAAAAUUUAAAAAAAAAUGCAGUUCUCAGCUGUCAAUUUAAGCUUUACAAAUAUUUUUUAGGUUAUGAAAGCGUUUUUUUAGGCGCUUUAUGAUUAUUUUGUGCAUAUGAACUAUAAUUAUUGAACUCAGCAUCAUUAAGGUUACAUUUUUGAAUAUUCUGCGCAUAACUUCUUUUAAAUACUUCGACCAACACUUUAAAAAAAGUUACAAAAUAAAUUGGAUCCAGUAUUCCAAAUCAAAAUAUAAAAUAAUUAAUUAUUGUAAUGUAUUUGCUCACGACUAUAAAAAUGUUCCCUAUUACUCAAAUUACAAACAAUUACAAUGAACUAAGUUAUUUAUAAACAAAUUACUUACCGCAGACUUCCCGCAUAAAAUUACUCCUGAGUUACUCAUGGACCCUAUUUUCAUAAACAGAGUAUGACAAACUAUGACUAUUUUAAAAAUAAACCGCAUAGAUUAAAGGGAGUAAAUGGUUUGGGGUUUUCUAUUUGUAAUUACCUAAUUGGAAUGAACCACUCAAAGCAAAAACAAGUAACGUGUAAUUAUAAAGGAAGGGCCAUUACUAUUUUCAUGAGCAUAGCUGUGCGUUUUAAGAUAAUAAGUGCUCAAGUGCCCCGAUUUUUGCACAGUGUGGUCAUACCUGGCUGCCCUGGCUGCUGGUAUCUGAUGGAAUGUGUGUUGGCCAUGAUUCACCAAAGUUUUGAUGAUUUUGUGCUGCGUCACAGAUUCGAGGCAUUAUUAAAGAGCCAAGAGGCCCUCUUCCCCCGAAACUCUUCUACGGGGAUCGUGAGAAGCCCUCCUAAGACUCUUUCAAUUGGUGACCCUAGCUCGUGAAUCAGUCGAUGUUAAUCUGAUUUGAAUGGACCCCUGACCCACCAAUUAAUAACAUUUAAAGAGAGAGCCCCGGAGAGCUGUGGAUCGAGCUUUCCAGAGCUUUUGGGGCUUUCUCGGGGCUCCCGAGGUUGGGGUCUACGCAAGCAUGAGAUGCGGGAUCCGCGGUAAACAAAACUCGCGUGUUUUCCGGCCGACCAUCUCAGGGACAGACGCGGCAAGGUGGCGAUUGGGCGAUACGUCGAUUGGGCGACAGCACGUGCGUGGCAACAAGCUGAUAAGCCGGCGGAUCGAUGGCGAGCACAUUGUUUUUCGACCCGGGCUUUCCAGCACAUCCAACGGAAGGCAACUCGACGUCAGCCCGAGCCCCUUUUCGAGUGAAGUCUAAUAAUACAAUCAGCGACGACAAUGCGAAUUGUUUAUUAAUAAUCCGAGACGAGUGGACCUGAGCCCGGAUUCUCGGCCUGCUGGGGGCUGUUGUCCGACUUCGACCCGUUUCGCAGAUCAGUGACUACGGAGCCGCCGAGUCGAUCGCACGAGCCCGGAUCCGAUCAGCCAAGAUGAGCUUCAGUCUCCGCUUCCAGCUGCCCGUUCGCCUGCUGGUGGACCUGCUCCUCCUGGGCAUCCUCCUCGUCCUGGUGGAGAACUUCUCCCACUUCUGGCCGCCGCCCACCAAGCGCGGCUUCUUCUGCGACGACGAGUCCCUGAUGUACCCGUACCACGAGAACACAGUCAGUCCCGCCUUGCUGCACUGGCUGGGACUGCACCUCCCGCUGCUCUUCCUGGUCGUCUUCGAGUGCCUCAUCCACCGCCACAGGAUUAUGGAGGACUGGGGGCGCCUUUGGCCGGCGUACAACACGGUGCGCUGGUUCCUCUACGGCUACGUGUUCAACGAUCUGCUCAAGGGGAUUGGCAAGCACACAAUCGGGCGCCUUAGGCCCCACUUCUUCGCGGUGUGCAGGCCGCACUUCCCGGACGGAAGCAGCUGCUCCGACGUGCAGCACAGCGGAGAGCUCGAGUACCACACGGACUACGAGUGCCGGCCCGAUCUCUCGCUGGCCAGCGAGGAGAUGAUCCGGGACGUGAACGUGUCCUUCCCCAGCGGCCACUCCGCCAUGGCCUUCUACGGCCUGGUCUUCGUGGCCCUGCACCUCCGCCGGCGCCGCUCCCCCCUGGGGGGAUCCCUGCUGGGCCCCGUGCUCCAGCUGGCCUGCGUGGCGGUGGCCUGGUUCGUGGCCCUCAGCCGGGUCAUGGACUACAAGCACCACUGGUCGGAUGUUGCGGCCGGCUCGCUGCUGGGUGCCGGGACCGCCUUUGCGGUCGUCCGGGCAGCCGCGUUCGAGGAGCAGCAGGGGAGGUGCCAGGAUUCACCCGCACAGGAAGAGGGUGCAAGGCGGCAGGAUGCGGCGGUGGAGGGAGCCGCAGUUAAGGGGGGCCAGCAGGUGCCGCAGGACUUGUGUCUGGUCUAAUUAGUUGGGGUUGCGAUUCAGCAACUGCUAGUUUAAGGUUUACAAUAAAGUUAGUGACAAGAGAAA